AUGGACAACGAUAUCGAAUUAGCUGUAGAUUCUCGACCAGCGCCUCAAGACGGAGGAGAGCACACAGUGAGGGAUGAAGGACAAGCAGAGCCCAACGAGGACUCCUUGAAUCCCGUUGACGGAGGUUGGGCGGCCUGGAAACUUAUUCUUGCCGCAUACGUCUUUGAGGCGUUGCUCUGGGGCUUCCCACUAUCCUUUGGGGUCUUCCAAAACUACUACUCCCAAUUACCUGAAUUCGUCAAUCAGCGGUACAUCUCGGUGAUCGGAACGAUCGCUUCGGGCAUGUCGUACAUGGGCGCGCCAUUGAUCAUUCCGGUAUUGAGGCGUUAUGCGAAAUAUCGUAGGCGGAUGAUAUGGUUCGGAUGGACAUUAUGUAUCUUGGGCGUACUGUGCGGAUCUUUCGCGCGCACCGUCGGCAGCCUCAUCUUCACCCAGGGUGUCAUGUAUGGCAUUGGCUUCAUCAUCUUCUACUACCCCAUCAUCAGCAUGGUCAACGAGUACUGGAUCACGCGAAGGGGGAUGGCGUACGGCUUUCUGUGCAGCGCGUCUGGAUUCUCGGGUAUUGUCAUGCCCCUAUCCCUGGAGCUUCUUCUGAACAAAUACGGGUAUCCGACGACGUUGAGAGUCGUCGCAGUGGGCCUGGUCGUGUUGACGGGGCCGUUGAUACCCCUGUUGAAAGGACGGCUCCCUCCAUCGGCACAAAACUAUACACCGAGAACCAGUUGGGCUUUUCUCAAGACACCACUCUUCUGGAUCUACACGGCCUCAAACCUGAUGCAGGGACUCGGAUACUUCUUUCCUUCGCUUUACAUUCCGUCGUAUGCCUCUACACUUGGCUUGAGCUCGAGGCAAGGCUCUCUCCUUCUGGCCAUCAUGUGCGUCUCACAAGUGCUGGGCCAAUUUACCUUCGGAUACCUCUCAGACCGGAGACUGUCGGUCACGGUCCUAUCCUUUGCAUCGACUCUCAUCCCUGCUGCAGCAGUGUUCGCUCUGUGGGGCCUGGCGCGGAACUUCGCCAUGUUGUCUGUCUUUGGACUGAUAUACGGCUUCUUCGGAGCUGGUUACACGGCCUUGUGGGCCCGGAUGGGCAUGGGCGUCACAACGGAUGUUACUUCAGCCUUUGCGGUAUUUGGUCUGUUCAAUUUCGGAAAGGGCAUUGGGAAUGUCCUGGCCGGGCCUAUCAGUGCCAACAUGCUGUUCAAGCAUAUACAUGUCGGAAGAUAUGCGGUAGGAAAGUAUGAGGUGCUUGUGCUGUUCACAGGCUCAUGCAUGCUUGCAAGCGCGCUCAGCAUCGCCAUCGGCUAUCUGAAGAUCCGGAAAUUCUGGUUGCUCAACUGA